AUGGCCGCCAACGGCAGCUCUAAGCGCAAUCCGCUCACUGGCGGCUUCUACGUGCCCACCGUGGCCUUCUUCCGUCCGGAUGAGGAGAUCGACCUGCCAACAACUGAGAAACACGCUGCCUACCUUGCCCGCACGGGCGUGGCCGGCCUGGUCACCCAGGGUAGCAAUGGCGAAGCCGUACAUCUGGACCGCGAUGAGCGCAAGGCCAUCACCGCGGCCACACGCCGCGCCGUGGAUGCCGCUGGAUAUCCCUCAAUGCCCGUGAUUUCCGGCUGCGGCGCUGCCUCGACUCGCGAGACGGUUCAGCUCUGCCAGGAUGCCGCGGCGUCGGGCGCCGACGCCGUCCUGGUGCUGCCACCCAGCUACUACAAGGCGCUGGUAAACAUCGAAGCCAUGUAUGCGCACUUCCGCACCGUGGCCGACGCCUCGCCCGUGCCGGUCCUCAUCUAUAACUUCCCCGGCGCGUCGUCGGGACUGGACCUCAGCUCAGAUGAUAUCCUGGCCCUGUCGCAACAUCCCAAUAUCAUCGGCUGCAAGCUCACCUGCGGCAACACGGGCAAGCUGGCUCGCGUGGCGGCAGCCGCCAAGCCAGGGUUCCUCACGUUCGGCGGCUCUGCCGAUUUCACGCUGCAGACCCUGGUUGUCGGCGGCGCGGGUAUCAUUGGGGGAGUCGCCAACGUGAUUCCUCGGUCGUGUGUCCGGGUCAUGGAGCUGUAUCGCAGCGGCAAGGUCGACGAAGCGCAACGCGCUCAGGCGGUGGUUGCCCGUGCGGACUGGGCGGCCAUCCAUGGGGGAUUUGUGGCGGUCAAGAGUGCGCUGCAAUCAUACCAUGGCUAUGGAGGACUACCACGCCGGCCGUGUGUGCCUCCGUCGGACCAGGCCGCGGCAGCCAUUCAGGGGGAGUUCCGCGAGGGGAUGGAGAUGGAGCGGUCGCUCGAGAAGUAA